AUGAUUCAACAUAUGUUAUCCCGACGCACAAUACUUAUAUGCUUAGCUUCAGGGUUGAUUGCUUCGUUCAAAUCCCAUCCCAAAGACUAUUUACAAACUUUUCUGAAUGUGGUCCCGAAGUACGAUACAUGCGCCCCUCCCAAUGGACCAAUACCUUCUUCAAAGCCUGGUGAUGCACCUUUUUCGCAAGGGCAAAAGUCUUACGAAAGUGCCAUCCACUGUCCGCGGGGUAUUCGAGACAUGCCAAGAGGAAUCGUUCUAAUGGUUCCUUGCACGAGCGCCAAUGGCGCGGAAGUGUUUUCCAAACUCACACUCAGUCUACACAUUUCAGCAUACGGUCUAGGAGAUAUGCAGAUUGCUGGGGAGUUCGUAGCGUACGCUGUUAGCAACCUCGCCAGCUCAUCACCUAGUGGCAAGAUAAAUGUUGUGACUCAUAGUCAAGGCGGUGUAAACGCUCAGUGGGCUAUCACUUUUUGGCCAUCUAUCCGAAACCAAAUUACUAACCUCGUGACGAUAGGUGCACCACACAGAGGAGCUAUUAUGAUCGAUUAUAUUGGCAACUUGAUGGAUGUCAUUGGAGGAUCUUUGACUUAUAUCUUGCAGAUGCGCCAGAACUCUAGAUACAUGAGUGCAGUUUUCAACAGAACUGCCGAAAAUGGUGGACUGGAGGCUUUAGUUCCAACCACUUCACUUUUUACGUUUUUUGAUCAGUUCGUCUUGCCUCAGGCAUCGAACUCAAACGGUUCCUCUUAUCUAUCCGGAGCUUCAAACAUUGCUAUCCAAGAAGCAUGUGGGAGAAAUCGUAUCAUAGAGCACUUUGGAAUCAUCCUGGAUAUGGCUACGUACGGAUUGGUUUACGAUGCUUUGAGCCAUGGUCGACCAGCGAGUCUAGAAACCUUUGACCGGACUUACUGUGAAGGACAUUUUUCUAACCACUUUUUACACGUUCAGCCUUAUGUCUGUUUGACGGGUUACGGAAAGCGACAGGGACAAGAUAAGCAACACCCAUGGGGUAGGAAAUGA